GGGAUCAUCAAAUGUGGCAACUACCUAUAGGACAAAAAACAGGGGAAACGGUCUUGACACUAGGAGAAUGCAAUGGAUUGAAGCAUUAUGCAGCCGCAAUAAGUUAUGGCACAACACUCUUCGUAAUGCAGACCUAGACCUCAGAGGACGAUAUAGAGGAGGAGGAGGAGGGGAUCGAGGAGAAAAUGGAGGAGGGGUACAAGAUGGAGGAGGAGAAGAUGGAGGAGGAAGAGAUGGAGAAGGAGAUACAGGAGGUGCGGUAGGAGAUGGAGGAGGAGGAGAAAAUGGAGUAGGAGAUGGAGGAGGAGGAGAAAAUGGAGUAGGAGAUGUAGGAGAAGAAGAUGCAGGAGGAGAAGAUGGGGGAGGAGGAGAUGGACGAGGAGUUGGAGGAGGAGACAGAGGAAGAGGACAACAUAGACGAGGAAAAGUAGGGGAAGGAGGAGGAGAAAAUGGAGGAGGGGGGGUAGGAGAUGGAGGACAAGAUGAAGGAGGAAGAGAUGGAGGAGGAGAUAGAGGAGUUGUGGAACGAGAUGGAGGAGGACAUGGAGGAGGAGUAGAUGGUGGUGGAUAUGGAGAAGUGGAUGGUGGAGGAGCAUGGAGGACAUGGAGGAGGAGAAGACGGUGGAGGAGGACAUGGAGGAGUAAAUGGUGGAGGAAAUGGAGGAGGACUAGAUGGUGGAGGAGCAUGGAGAAUGGUGGAGGAGGAGUAGAUGGUGGGGGAGGACAUGGAGGAGUACAUGGUGGAGGACAUGGAGGAGGACACUUCACGAAGCAGAAGGCGCACUGGCCGCGGCGGAGUGCAGAGAUUUUGUACAAGUUGCGAAGUGUAGGGGCAGUCCUUAAUGAUGCCAUCUCGCAGCGCCUUGCUUCAGAGUACGAGGAGAGGGUGGAGGGUGAUAUGGCUGCGGACGACCUCCGUCAGUACAUGGAGGCGGAGGGGGGUGGAGAGGCGGAGUAGUCAUAGCCCGGGGCACCCUUGCAUGGUAGAGGAGCGAAUGGUGGCGAUGUCGGUGGGGGAACAAUCAGACUGGUGAACGAUUUGGAUCUAGAUCAUUGGCGUGGUGGUAGGGCAUGAGGCGACACAACCUACAGGUUUUGAGGACGCGUUACCCUGUGGAGGAGGAGGUGUCGAAGGUGUGGGUGACGCUUAUCAAACAGGUGGAUGUAGUGUUAGUAGAGUCCCCGCCUCCACAUCCAUAGUGUCGAGGGGGCAGUCGACUUUGGAUCUCCAUAUAGGGAACAAGAUCCAGAUAGAUCUUGAUCGUUGUGGGCCCUCGCUAUCUAUCGUGGCGGAGCGGCCUUCAACUAGCUGCGGUUGGCUGAGACGCAGCAGUUGUGGGAUUACAUAUGCACUCUAUUCCGUCCCACGAUAGU